AAUUCUUAAUAUGUAAGCGAGACUCCGCGCGAGGAAGCGUGACGUGAACUGUUCGCAACCAUGGCUACGCAUGGUAUAACAAUGCUUCGUAUACAAUUCUCUCAUUCAUUCAUUGAUCUCGUAGCACUCUGGUAGUUAUUAUGCCAAAAAUAUCAAGCUAUACUAGAACUCGAAUCGAGCUCCUGUUUAACCUGAAAAAGAACCAGUCUUGAUUUUCAGGAAGAUUAAAGGUAGCACCAAAGAUAAAUCAGUUUUGUGCACAAAACAAUGUAAAAAUGAAAUGAAUAUAAAAACAAUUAGUUAAAUAUACAUAUACUAGUAAACCCCAAACAUCAGCACCUGUACCAAAUUGAAAUCCAUUUCAACAUACAUUAGCAUGCCUUGGUGUCUAUAUUUCACUGUUUCCCUGCAGUAAGUGUCCAGUUGAACUAACAUCCAUCUAUACGAAUAUGAGCAUUGGUUUCACUGGAGGAAAUUGAUAAACACAUAUUUUAUAAGUUUUGACCGGUAAUCCCCUUUAAAAAUCAAAUAAGAGAAUUUUACUUUGGUUUUGUAAAAUUUGUUGCUUAUGAGAAAGGAUUCAGCAUAAACUCUUCCCUCUUGUGGAGACAUGGUGGCCUUAUGAUUAGUGAGGUGGACUCAGGGUUUAGGGGUCUGCAUUUGUAACCUGGCCUGUGCUGGACUCAGGGUCAAGAGGUCUGCAUUUGUAACCUGGCCUGUGUUGGACUCAGUAUCAAGAGGUCUGCAUUUGUAACCUGGCCAGGUCAAUGUGUUUUGUUCUUGUGCAAAACACUUCUCUCUCACAGUGCCCAGUCUCCACCCAGGAGUAUAAAUUGAUAUCAGAUAUUAGUCAGGGAAGCCUGAUGAAAUGCCAGGGGGAUGGACUGGUAUCUGGUCCAGGGAGGUCAGUAGUAAUACUCCUAGUUGCUUCAUGUGAGGAGACCAGGAUUAUAAGCCCAUGGACUGGAUGGACCACAGCUCAAAUACAAACUCUACCUAACUACCUAUUGCUGCUGUAACAAAUUAUGUGAAGUUACAGCACAAAGAUAAUGAUGUUUGCCCAAUUUAUCUCAGUCAAUUGGGAUUGUAUUUUGUAAUUCUUGAAAUGCAUUAUAAUGAGAAAUGAUUUACAGUUCAUUUAAGAAUAAAUGCUUAAUUGUUUUCUUUGAUAUAUAUAUAUAUAUAUAUAUAUAUAUAUAUAUAUAUAUAUAUAUAUAUAUAUAUAUAUAUAUGUCUCCCAGGUAUCAUCUAUGAUGUGAUUGUAGAACCACCCAAUGUGGGAAGCACAAUAGAUGAGUUUGGUCACAGUAAAUGGGUUAGUACAUGCCCUGAACACUUCUGUCAAACAUAAGACAUGUGUAAGGGGAUUAAUUUUUUAGGCACCUGUGGACCAAUUUUCUGCACAAAAUUUCUCAUUCUUGCAAAAUAAGCAAAAGAAAAUUGAAUCAUUCCCAGAAAUAUGUUAAAGAAAACAGAAGUAGGGAAAAGGAACAGUUUUAAACACAAAUUAAGCUUACUCAAGUAUGAGCAUCCUGUGGAUUUACCAUUCUGUUUUGAGCUUUUUCCAAAAAGGUAUAGAUUUCUGAAACACCCUGACUUCUGGCUUGUGCAGUUAUUUGUAACUUUUGUGAGACUACUUGGUUCUGACGUGCUGAAAGCAGACCACCUAAUCAUUGCUACAUUCACACAUGCACAGAUGCUUGACCACUGUGGUUAUUCCCAGAGGCCUGCAAAACAUUUUCAUGCUUCAGAAACCAAAUGACUUGUAAAACAAUAAGAAAUUUUUUGUUUCCUUUUUUCUGUUUUUAAUGUUAAGUAAGCUUAAUUAUCAUAAACACUCAUGGUUGUAUAAAGCAAUUUCUUGUGUUCCUUUUCCUUCCCAGGUUGCUUUCAUGUCCUACCAUGUAAACGGCCAGUACAUCAUGGAAGGCAUGGCAUCAAGUUUUUUGUUUUUAAUGGGUGGAUUAGGCUUCAUUAUCCUGGAUAAAUCAAAUGCUGUUGGCAUGUCUAAACUUAACAGAUUUCUCUCUAUGUUCCUGGGCUUUGUCUGAGUCCUAGUGUCAUUCUUCACAUGCAGAGUUUUCUUGAGAAUGAAAAUGCUGUGAGUGUCACAUUUUUUUAAAGUUACUGCUAGAUAUACUAACCAGGUAUCAGCCUGUUGUGUCAGUUAUAUAUAUAGUCAUAACCAUUACAAUUUCCUCAAAUGUGAUUGGUGCAUAAGUUGCUUCAUUUUUCACUAAUCAUUCUGAACAGUUGUAGUCAGUGUAAUCGGACAGUUGGUUGUAAUUGGACAGUUGAAGCAGCCAAUCAUACUAGGUCCAGUCAGCUAACUCCACCAAUCACAGAAUUGAUCACAAUAACCAUAGCAACAACCAUUUAUCUAAAAAAAAACAAGGCAAUUUCCAAAAUGGAGGAAUUUUUAACAAAAGACAUGGUCUCCAUGGGAGGUAUUUGUUCUAGGUGUAUUUGUUUUUUCGGAAAUUGAAAUGGUUAUGAUUAAUUGGUA